CCCAGCCGGUCACCGCCUGCCGGCUGCCGACGCCUGGGAGCAGGUUGUUGUUUUUAUAAGAGGCGUCACUGGCGCCCGAGCUGUGACCGCCGCCACUGGGGCAGCCAGCACAAUCGGGCGGAGGUGGCGCUGCCCCUUCAGGUACUGUACUAGGCGGGCUUAGACCUCGGGAGGGGGUUUGUGCCGACUGUCUGAGUCCCUCGCCGACACGCUCGGCUCAGUAGAGGAGCAGUGGCGGGGUCCGCCUCCUGGGCUGGGGCUGCUCGGGCGGGGACUUGACGCCUGGUGUCGGCGGCCGCACGGGCGACCUCCUCGGGCCGUGCGCGAGUCCACAGCCCCGGAGGCCCGAGCCGACCCUGGGGCUUCCGGUCCGGUGGUCUUGCAGCCUCCAAACCCCGAGUGCUAUACCGAACUGCGCGCCAAGGGUGGGAGAGCUGACGGCCUGGGGCACCCUUCUUCCUUCACUGGGCAGGCUUUGAGGUGCUUGUCGGUCUGGACUGAUGAAAAUCCAUAUGACCUGAAAGAUGUCUGAAAAUUCCAGUGACAGUGAUUCAUCUUGUGGUUGGACUGUCAUCAGUCAUGAGGGGUCAGAUAUAGAAAUGUUGAAUUCUGUGACAGCCACUGACAGCUGUGAGCCCACCCCAGAAUGUUCAUCUUUAGAGCAAGAGGAGCUUCAGGCAUUGCAGAUAGAGCAAGGAGAAAGCAGCCAAAAUGGCACAGUGCUUGUGGAAGAAACUGCUUAUCCAGCUUUGGAGGAAACCAGCUCAACAAUUGAGGCAGAGGAAGAAAAGAUACCCGAAGACGGUAUCUAUAUUGGAACUGCCAGUGAUGAUUCUGAUAUUGUUACCCUUGAGCCACCUAAGUUAGAAGAAAUUGGAAAUCAAGAAGUUGUCAUUGUUGAAGAAGCACAGAGUUCAGAAGACUUUAACAUGGGCUCUUCCUCUAGCAGCCAGUAUACUUUCUGUCAGCCAGAAACUGUACUUUCAUCUCAGCCUAGUGACGAUGAAUCAAGUAGUGAUGAAACCAGUAAUCAGCCCAGUCCUGCCUUUAGACGACGCCGCGCUAGGAAGAAGACUGUUUCUACUUCAGAAUUUGAAGACCGGCUAGUUGCUGAACAAGAAACUGAACCUUCUAAGGAGCUGAGUAAACGUCAGUUCAGUAGUGGUCUCAAUAAGUGUGUUAUACUUGCUUUGGUGAUUGCAAUCAGCAUGGGAUUUGGACAUUUCUAUGGCACAAUUCAGAUUCAGAAGCGUCAACAGUUAGUCAGAAAGAUACAUGAAGAUGAAUUGAAUGAUAUGAAGGAUUAUCUUUCCCAGUGUCAGCAGGAACAAGAAUCUUCUAUAGAUUAUAAGUCAUUGAAAGAAAAUCUUGCAAGGUGUUGGACACUUACUGAAGCAGAGAAGAUGUCCUUUGAAACUCAGAAGACGAACCUUGCUACAGAAAAUCAGUAUUUACGAGUAUCCCUGGAGAAGGAAGAAAAAGCCUUAUCCUCAUUACAGGAAGAGUUAAACAAACUAAGAGAACAGAUUAGAAUAUUGGAAGAUAAAGGGGCCAGUACUGAAUUAGUUAAAGAAAAUCAGAAACUUAAGCAGCAUUUGGAAGAGGAAAAGCAGAAAAAACACAGCUUUCUCAGUCAAAGGGAGACUCUGUUGGCAGAAGCAAAGAUGCUAAAGAGGGAACUGGAGAGAGAACGACUAGUAACUACGGCUUUAAGAGGGGAACUCCAGCAGUUCAGUGGUAGUCAGUUACAUGGCAAGUCAGAUUCUCCCAAUGUAUAUACUGAAAAAAAGGAAAUAGCAAUCUUACGGGAAAGACUCACUGAGCUGGAACGGAAGCUAACCUUCGAACAGCAGCGUUCUGAUUUGUGGGAAAGAUUGUAUGUUGAGGCAAAAGAUCAAAGUGGAAAACAAGAAACGGAUGGAAAAAAGAAAGGGGGCAGAGGAAACCACAGGGCUAAAAAUAAGUCAAAGGAAACACUUUUGGGUUCAGUUAAGGAAACAUUUGAUGCCAUGAAGAAUUCUACCAAGGAGUUUGUAAGGCAUCAUAAAGAGAAAAUUAAGCAGGCUAAAGAAGCUGUGAAGGAAAAUCUGAAAAAAUUCUCAGAUUCAGUUAAAUCCACUUUCAGACAUUUUAAAGAUACCACCAAGAAUAUCUUUGAUGAAAAGGGUAAUAAAAGAUAUGGUGCUACAAAAGAAGCAGCUGAAAAACCAAGAACAGUUUUUAGUGACUAUUUACAUCCACAGUAUAAGGCACCUACAGAAAACCAUCAUAAUAGAGGCCCUACUAUGCAAAAUGAUGGAAGGAAAGAAAAGCCAGUUCACUUUAAAGAAUUCAGAAAAAAUACAAAUUCGAAGAAAUGCAGUCCUGGGCAUGAUUGUAGAGAAAAUUCUCAUUCUUUCAGAGAGGCUUGUUUUGGUGUAUUUGAUUGUGCUCAACAAGAGUCCAUGAGCCUUUUUAACACAGUGGUGAAUCCUGUAAGGAUGGAUGAAUUUAGACAGAUAAUUCAAAGGUACAUGUUAAAAGAACUGGAUACUUUUUGUCACUGGAACGAACUUGAUCAGUUCAUCAAUAAGUUUUUCCUAAAUGGUGUCUUUAUACAUGAUCAGAAGCUCUUCACUGACUUUGUUAAUGAUGUUAAAGAUUAUCUUAGAAACAUGAAGGAAUAUCAAGUAGAUAAUGAUGGAGUAUUUGAGAAGUUGGAUGAAUAUAUAUAUAGACACUUCUUUGGUCACACUUUUUCCCCUCCAUAUGGACCCAGUCGACCUGAUAAAAAGCAACGUAUGGUAAAUAUUGAAAACUCCAGGCAUCGAAAACAAGAGCAGAAGCACCUUCAGCCACAGCCUUAUAAAAGGGAAGGUAAAUGGCAUAAGUAUGGUCGCACUAAUGGAAGACAAAUGGCAAAUCUUGAAAUAGAAUUGGGGCAAUUACCUUUUGAUCCUAAAUACUGAUUCACAAUUGAGUUAAAUUAGACAACUGUAAGAGAAAAAUAUAUGCUUUGUACAAUGUUUGGUAUUGAAACUAAUGAAAUUACCAAGAUGACAAUGUCUUUUCUUUUGUUUCUAAGUAUCAGUUUGAUAACUUUAUAUUAUUACUCAGAAGCAUUAGUUAAAAGCCUACUAACCUGCAUUUUCCUGUAGUUUAGCUUCAUUGAAUUUUUUUUGACACUGGAAAUGUUCAACUGUAGUUUUAUUAAGGAAGCCAGGCAUGCAACAGAUUUUGUGCAUGAAAUGAGACUUCCUUUCAGUGUAAGAGCUUAAAGCAAGCUCAAUCAUACAUGACAAAGUGUAAUUAACACUGAUGUUUGUGUUAAAUUUGCAGCAGAGCUUGAGAAAAGUACAUUGUUCUGGAAUUUCAUCAUUAACAUUUUAUAAUCUUACACUCACUUCUUGUCUUUUUGUGGGUUCAAGUGCCCUCUGACUUGGAAGAAUUUGCUGCCCUCUUAAGAGCUUGCUGACUUGUUUUCUUGUGAAAUUUUUUGCACAUCUGAAUAUCGUGGAAGAAGCAAUAAAACUACACCAUGAGGAAAACUAAAGGUCUUUAUUUAAAAUCUGGCAUUGUAUUAACAUGUAAUUUUAUACUAUGUGGUAUUUUAUACAUUUCCUCAGUAGUGAUAUUUGGUAAAGCAGUUCAUACAGCUUUUUUCUAAGUUCCAUGAAUCUUAACCAGUGUUUACUGAAGUAUUUAAGCAGCAUCUGAAUAUUUCCACUCAGCAAUGUUAAUUUAUCUCGGAAAGUUCAGAAUUUCAUCUUCGUGCUGAAUUUCCCUUUUAACUUCCGUUCAUAGACAUAUACGUGACUUCCAAUUCGACCCUCCGGCAAGUGAGUGUGGAAGAAAACAGCAGUUCUGUUAUAAUUGCUUGAAAUUAGGAAAGCGCUUAUUUCCUAGAAGCAAAUAAAUGUUUAAGUAAAUAAAGGCUACAUUUUGCUGA